AUGCAGAGUCCCGAUCGUGCCAAGGCCGGGCUUUCCUUGCUCAAGAAAGCGGGCAUGCGGAAGCUGAACUUUGCUGGCGGAGAGCCGUUCCUCUAUCCGAAAUUUUUGGCCGAGAUGGUGGUCUUCUGCAAAGACGAACUACGACUCGAGUCGGUCUCUAUCGUUACAAAUGGGAGUCUGGUCAAGGAGAGCUUCUUUCGACAAUGCGGCUCUAAAGUUGACAUCCUGGCGGUCUCGUGCGAUUCGUUCGACGAGUCUACCAACAUCGAGAUCGGCCGUGGAUCCGGCGACCAGGUCUCGCAGUUAUACAAGGUGGCUUCCUGGUGCGAGAAGUAUGGCAUCAAGUUCAAGAUCAACACUGUG